CCGGUUCUCAUGCUGACGUCAAGCGCGAGAUGGUGACCGGCUGGAACUGCUGCGCGAGUAGAGGAGGGGGAGUGAGCCAGGCGAGGGAGGGGAACUGACGGGGCCGCAAGCAGACACUGCGGCCAGCAGCGGCAACUUUUCUCCUCAUUUUUAUUUUUUAUUUUAUCCUUUUUUCCACUUCCAAAUCAGUCUUUAAUUCCUUCAGAGGUCUCCCCACUUCUAACUCUAACCCGACCGUCGCUGGUGAGCCGGCUGGAGGUUUGUCUGUCCAUAACGGGAAAAGAGGAGAGAUUUUAGGCUUUUCCGCUGCGGAGAUUCGCCUCGCCUCGGUCGUAACUCCACGCCAGACGCCACUAGCUUUUCAACCUUGGACCUUUUCAAAAGUUGGAACUCACAUAUACUUUUGACGGGACAUCCCGGGAACGUUUUGACCCACAAGUCGCCGCAUCCUUUGGUUAAUUAGUAGGGGAUUUCUCUUGAUGCGCGAGAAGAGUUUUUAAUUUGUCUAAAGGACACAGCGCCCCCACCCAACUUUUUUUCGCCUCCCUUGUGAGAACCCCCCUUCACGGCCGUGAGUGGCCUGUCCCGUCCGACGCUGUGGAAUGAGAGGGGUCAGUACCAGGUCGAGCAAAGGGGUUCGCAAAAUCGGUAAACUUUUAAUUUUCCUCCGUUUUCGCUGAUUGCCGUUUCUACGCCGACUAUGGAGGUUAACUAAUCUCAAGGACUGAGGCACGGGGCCGACAGGACGUAGAGCGCGAGGUGGCCUUGCUCUUCCCGUUCUAUUUCAUUUAAAGGGUCAGGGGUCAGGGUUCGUGGCAAAAUGGCUGCCUCUGUGAAGGUGGCGGUCCGGGUCCGACCCUAUAACUCCCGCGAGACCAACAUGGACGCAAAGUGUGUGAUCCAGAUGCAGGGGAAGACGACCUGUAUCACAAACCCAAAACAGCCCAAAGAUGGAGCCAAGAACUUCACAUUUGAUUAUUCCUACUGGUCACACACUUCUGUGGAGGACCCAGAGUUUGCAUCCCAGCAGCAGGUGUACAGGGACAUUGGGGAGGAGAUGCUGCUGCAUGCGUUUGAGGGUUAUAACGUCUGCAUCUUCGCCUAUGGACAGACCGGUGCUGGCAAGUCCUACACCAUGAUGGGCAAACAGGAGCCUGGCCAGGAGGGUAUCAUUCCACAGCUGUGUGAAGACUUGUUCAAGCGCACACUGGAAAAUAAAGACCCCGAACUUUCCUUCUCUGUAGAGGUGUCAUAUAUGGAGAUCUACUGUGAGCGAGUGCGUGACCUGUUGAACCCUAAAAGUAAGGGGGCCCUCCGGGUCCGGGAGCACCCCAUUAUGGGGCCUUACGUAGAGGACCUGUCCAAACUGGCCGUAACCUCAUACUCUGACAUCCACGACCUCAUGGACUGUGGGAACAAGGCCCGGACGGUGGCUGCCACCAACAUGAACGAGACGAGCAGUCGCUCGCAUGCUGUCUUCACCAUUGUUUUCACACAGCGUAGACGAGACCAGCUCACGGGCCUGGACACUGAGAAGGUCAGUAAGGUCAGUCUGGUUGACCUCGCUGGUAGUGAGAGGGCCGACUCUUCUGGAGCCAAAGGCGUGAGGUUAAAGGAAGGAGCCAACAUCAAUAAGUCUUUGACGACACUCGGCAAAGUCAUCUCUGCUCUGGCUGAAAUGCAAGGGAGUAAGAAGCGCAAGGCUAACUUCAUCCCCUACCGAGACUCCGUCCUCACCUGGCUGUUGAAGGAAAACCUGGGUGGUAACUCCCGCACUGCCAUGAUUGCUGCUCUCAGUCCAGCAGACAUCAACUAUGAAGAGACCCUCAGUACCCUCAGGUAUGCUGAUCGGGCAAAGCAGAUCCGCUGUAAUGCGAUCGUCAACGAGGAUCCAAACGCUCGCCUGAUCAGAGAACUGAAGGAUGAGGUGAAGCGCCUCAGAGAACUACUGCUGUCCCAGGGGCUGAGUGAACUAAUGGCCGCCGCUCAAGCCACAGAAGUGAAUAAUAAUAACUGCAUGCCUGAAGUGGGUGUGGCUCCUCCGCCUACUGCUCCCGCCUCCAAUGGAGCCCCACCCCCUCAACCAGCCAAUCCUGACACUGCUCAAGAAGGUGAACCAGGGUCCGACGACAGCACCCUUGACCAAUCAGAAGAGUUCCAGGAAGAGCCAAUCACCAAAGAGGAAGCAGUGGAGAGACUACAGGAAACAGAGAAGAUCAUUGCUGAGCUGAAUGAAACUUGGGAGGAGAAACUGAGAAAGACCGAAACUAUACGUUUCGAAAGGGAGACACUGUUGGCUGAGAUGGGUGUUUCCAUCAAAGAGGAUGGAGGAACAGUUGGAGUCUUCUCUCCUAAAGGAACGCCUCACCUGGUGAACCUGAAUGAAGAUCCACUGAUGUCAGAGUGUCUGUUGUACUACAUCAAAGAAGGGAUCACCAGGGUUGGUCAGACAGAAGUCGACAUCAGACUGAGUGGGCAGUUCAUCAAAGAGCAGCACUGUGUGUUCUACAGCCAGCUCAACGAGAAUGGAGAAGUGUAUGUAACCCUGGAUCCUCUGGAGGGGGCAGAGACCUACCUCAAUGGGAAGCAGAUCACUGAACCAGUGGUGCUCAAACAAGGGAACCGCAUUGUGAUGGGGAAGAAUCACGUGUUCAGGUUUAACCACCCAGAGCAAGCUCGUCUGGAGCGAGAGCGCAGCGCCAGCCAGGACCAGCAGGGGGAGCAAGCCGACUGGAACUACGCCCAGAAAGAGUUGCUAGAGAAACAAGGGAUUGACAUCAAACUAGAGAUGGUGAAGAGGCUACAGGAUGUGGAGAAUCAAUACCGCAAAGAGAAGGAGGAGGCAGAUCUACUACUAGAGCAGCAGAGACUGUAUGCUGACUCAGACAGUGGUGAUGACUCGGAUAAGCGCUCCUGUGAGGAAAGCUGGAGGCUAAUUUCAUCCCUCAGAGAGAAACUACCAGCUAACAAGGUGCAGACCAUUGUGAAGCGUGUGGGACUACCCAGCAGCGGCAAGCGUCGCCAGCCCCUGCGCGUCUACCAGAUCCCGCAGCGGCGGCGCAUCUGCAAGGACCCGCAGCGCGUCACCGUCGACGACCUGCGGCUGCAGGCGGUGAAGGAGAUCUGCUACGAGGUGGCGCUCGGCGACUUCCGGCAUUCGCGCCGCGAGAUCGAAGCUCUGGCCCUGGUGAAGAUGCGUGAGCUGGGCCGUCUGUACAACCGGCGUGAGGCCGCCGAGCCCGAGAGCUGGCAGGCAGUGGCCGAGGACGUGUGGAGCACCGUGGGCAUGGGCGAUGGUACCGGCUCUGCCAUGGCGACAGAGACGGGCGGAGAGGGAGGAGGAGAAGGUGGAGGAGGUGGGGUGGGAGGUGGUGGAGGAGGAGGUGCAGGGGACUUGGGCGACCUGAAGGCACAUAUUGAUAAGCUGACGGACAUCCUGCAGGAGGUGAAGGUGCAGAACAACAUGAAGGACGAGGAGAUCAAAGCCCUCAGGGAACGCAUGAUCAAGAUGGAGAGCAUUAUACCAGUGCAGGAUGACGGCUCUCUGGAGGAUGUGGACGAUAAGGAAGAGGGCGAUGCGGAUGAGGACCUGUUGGACGGGAUGGAGCCUCCGCAGGGGGCCCCGCACGUGUCACGGCUGAUGGAGGACGACCCGGCGUUCCGGCGUGGCCGCCUGCGCUGGCUGCGGCAGGAGCAGCAGCGCCUUGCCAACCUGCAGCAGCAGGAGAUCACCAAGAAGCUGAGGCGCAGCAGCGGCGCCGGGCUCAGCGGCAUCGGGAUGUCCGGCAGGCAGGAGGGCCCCGUGGUUCACCUGCCGGGCACGGGGCGCUUCAUCCCCCCGCAGGAGUGCAAGCUCAAGUUCCCCUUCAAGAGCAACCCACUACACCGGAUGUCCUGGCCUCACGCCCUCACCGAGAACACGGGAGAAGUGGGGGAAGAAGGGGAAGGUGAAGGGGAAGGAGGGGGAGGGGGAGGAGGAGGAGGAGGAGGAGGGAAGAGUGGAACUAGUCCCUCCCCACCACUGCCUGUUUCUUCCCCACAACCUGUCCCAUUUGCCCCUGGUCCCAGUGCUGCUCUGUUGCCCCUGCCUUUCCAGAUGUCCCCCCACGUGCCAAUCAUCAUGGGGCCGCAGCGCAUGCGCAACGCCUCGCCAAGCCGCGGGCCCUGGCAACCACAGCCGCAGCAGCAUCAGCAACGUAACUUCAACAGCGGGAACUACAGAAACGGGAGCUAUAGCAACGGUCACCUAGGAAACCAACUCCAACAGCAGCACCCUCAGCAGCACUUCCAGCAGCACCAAUCAAGGCGCUACAGGCGGAACUCUCUGGACAGCUCCGUUGCCCCUGGCAAUCCGAGUCACUACGGCAACCACAAUGGCAACCACAAUGGCAACCACAGUGGCCCCAAUCACCAGCAGGGAGGCGGGCGAGGUGGAGGGGCACGAUAUCGGCGCCCAUCGCCCGGCCCUGGCGACCGAGAUAGGGGUGGUGGCGAAGGGUGCUAUGGCAACCAGCGUCGGCAACAGGGCGGUCAGGCCUACCAGCAGUACCCUUUUGCUCCACCUUUCAACCACGGACGAGGACCUCCAGGAGAACAUGGGGGGUGGGGGCCAAAGGCACAGGGCUACAACACACCCCCCCGCAUGAGACGACAGAACAGCGCCCCUGACCUGAAGCAGAGCAGAGAGACCCCUGUCUGAGUGUGUGUGUGUGUGUGUGUGUGUGUGUGAGGGGGGCGGGGGGGGGGGUGUGAGACAGAUAACACACUCUCAUCUCUUCCUGCUACAUGUUCAUUGUGAAUUUGACUGGCCAACAGUAUGUGUGUGUGUGUGUGUGUGUUUGUUUCCUGUUUAACCCUCACUCAUGUCUGCUUCUGCUGGCUCUCACAGGAAAUGAUGUCGCAAGCUGGUGAUCAUGUAGUGUGUCCUGUUUGGGAAGGGCUCUGUUCUAACGCACAAACAUGAGUCGGCACUCGGUGCUCCUCUGGCAUGCCUCACCAAAUAACUCGACUUGCUGUGUUCCAGAAUGUGUGUGUCUCUCUGUGUGUGUGUGUGUGUGUGUGUGUGUGUGUGUGUGUGUGUGUGUGUGCGUGUGUGUUCGUGUUUAAAAUUGGAAAUACAUACCUCUCAAUGUUAUGCAAUAGACUAUUUUAGUAUGCAUGUGUCUACGUGUGUGUAUGUGUGCGUGUUUAUCGAAUGGUUAAGCUACUGAUAAUCCCAAAGAAAUGGAUCCUUGAUAAGGAGUUGCUGACAUUGGCUAUGUGCGUUGUAUGUGUGUGUGUGUGUGUGUGUGUCUGCCUAUUUUACAGGAUGAAGCACCUCCUUCAUGUUUCAGGAGGAGUUUGACUUAGUGUGAGUAAUACAUGAGAUAUGAGAGGAGAAUGCAGAGGGAAAGACUGAUGCAGAGAUGUGGACUGAGUCGGAGUUCAAAAUGUAGGGAGAAAGCAGAAAUAGGAAGUAGAUCUGUUUUUAGCCGGAAGCACCUUUCGUUUGUUCAUCACUACGUUAGAGGAACACUCUGAACAGUCAUGUCAUGUUUCCUCUCUGCUGUUCAUUACUAGUUGAUUUUUAAAGGUGUUUCUCUUUUGCUGUAUUGAGCAUCUUAUUUUAGGAUGAACGAAGUUUGGACUUUUAUUUUGGCAGUUUUUCUGCACCUCACCUGCAGAUACUAUAGGUCACAAGAGGAAUAGUGGUGUGAGAAUAUCACUUUAUUCUCUUCUUUUCUUCUUUUGUCAUUUUCAAGUAUGUGUGGGUGUGCUGUGUGGAGACUGAUUUCUUUAUCUAUCAAGAAGUGAACUACUUCUUUUUUUAAUGGGAGAAUUGACCUGAGGACAUGCAGUUGCCAUGAAAAGUAUACAGUAUUCCUGUUUGGUUGUGCAUGGCAAUUGCCAAAGAAUGACAAAUGAUAUCGGAAUGUUUUUUCCUUUGGGGUCUCCUUGGUAACUAGACUGAAUUGUCAUGGAUAUCAGAUCCAGUGGUAGAGGAAAUAAGAAAGUGGGUGUAAAGCUGAGGGUAUGGAGAGAAAUAGAGCGAGGGAGAGAGAGGAAGAGAGAGAGAGAGGGAGAGAGACAGUAGAAAAAAGAGUACACAAUGACUCGGAGAGAGAUAAUAAGCAGAAAGGGAUAAUUUGGACGUAGAACUGGAUGCUAUUGGGAAGAUUUUGUCCAAGACCAGACUUGUAACGUCGGAGUUUCAAUUGAGCACUUUUAAAGGGACGACUUUGAAAGGCCUCUGUCUGUCUCUGGUGCACAGGCGCCCUUUACUCUGAGGACACAGAGGCCUCGUCCCAGUCUCUCUUUUAGAAAUGUCUAAUUUGUCUCCAUGCAUUUUUGAAGGCUCCCCAUGUUACAUUGCUGAGUAGCAGGGACAGUGAGACGCCAGUGGCAGGGAGGGACGCAGAGGUGAAGCUGUUUAAUCAGCCAACUGUGCCACUGCCUGCGGCCGAUGACAUAAUCUUCACCGAUGAUGCCAUUGUGCAGUCACAGAGCCAUAGGGAUACAUCGCUAUGACAACAAACAAAUACGGAUUGUGGAGGACUAAAGUUUGGGGUGGGGGGGUUGCAGAAGGACGGUCUAAAGUUGGCUGAUUCCUGAACCCCUCCACGCACCAACAGAAAUGCCCCAGGGGCAUGUUGCCGACAGUUGUCAUAAUGACAGCUUGGGUUUAUGUGUGUGAGUGUGUAUGGCUGUGUGUGUGUGCGUGUUUGUUGUUUAAAACUUGACACUUAACACAUUUAGCUAGGACAAUCUAUGUGUAUGUGUGUGUGUGUGUGUUUGUCUGUCCUCUUAUGUUUAUGUUGCUCCAGCUUGUGCCUUUGAAUUGCCUCUUUGAUCUCUGAUGUGUUUAAUCCCUUACUAAAGAUGAACUUUACGUUGCAUUUGACGUCUUGUUUUCUAUUUUAUUAUUAAAGAAACGCUGCUCCUCACCUCUGCUCUGUGCAAACAUAUGUGUUUGUGUGUGUGUGUAUGUGUGUGUGUGAAAGAAAGAGAGAGGACGACGGAGUGGGAAUGACUGUUGCUCUUCUCUGCCCAACAACUUUGUGUAGUGAUAUGUCCAGACUGGUGGAAACUCGCCUGUUCCACUGAGCUGUUAUGAGUUUGUUUUGUCACCCCAGCUUGGUUCAGAAGAACUGCUGAAACAGAACCAGGAAACGUUCAGGAUAGAUCCGGAACUUUCUCGUGAUUUGGGCUUGGGGUGAAGUUUGGACUCCUGCUGGGAUACUCCUGGCGUCGUGGUUUUGUCUUUUCAUUUCUUUAGUUCUUUUCAUUUCUUCCUUGAAUUCUGGGUGUUGAAAGACAGACGUAACAAAAGGAAGGGUUUGUGAUAAUCUGUGGUUGAACCUGCAAAAAAGUAAAUAAAGGUAAAAAAAAGUG